ACAACACUUCUGAUCUGCUCGCAAAUAAAUCAAUCUCAAGAGACAGAUCAUAUAAUUUUUUUUAGCAAAAUCCAUGGCAGAUCUUCAAGAAAAACUGGAUGCUCUGAAGGGUCUUGUUGGUGUGCUAAAUAACAUGGAUGAGGGUGAAACUCACAACAACAAUGCAACCUCCUCACCCAAUAAUUCCCAUAGUCCUGCUCCUAUGCCUGGAAGGAAUCGCUCUGUUGGAAAAUAUAACAACAGUGGCACUCAGAAGAUUAAAGGUCUGAGUAACCAAACCGGCUUCACCGAAGGCAACGCUAACGGAGCCAUCAACUUUGGCAAUUUACAUGCCUAAAUAAAUCAAUGUACCAAGAUCUUGAAAUCCAUAAAUAAUAAUGUGACGUACAAAUUAAAAUAAGAGCUUCACAGUUUGAGUGUGGAUCCAAUAUUUUCAUCUUUUUAUUAUAUAUAAAUAUAUGACUUCUUAGAUUAA